AUGGCGCUCUUUCCUCCGAAGGCCACUGCACUCGGCUGGGGCAAGGUGGCCGACAUCGUCGAGUGGGUGGGGUUGUCCACGAACGCCUUCCAGGCCUUCCAGGAGAUCACGGGCAACCUGGGGGAUCCGAUCCGCAACAUCGCGAUGCUGAGCCCGACGGUGAUCGCAGAUGCGGGCCGUCGGGCCCGCUUGGCAGAGACCCCCUUGGAGCCGGUGCAGGUCGCUCAAUGGGGUCUGAUUUGGCGUAUCGCUCGACGCAUCGCUGUCUCUCUCGGCGGUGGGGCGACUGCUUGGGAAGAUUGGGUGGACCUCGACCCUUUCGAGCCCAAGAAAGAGGCGGCGGCAGCAGCCCCGGCUGCUCCUGCAGGGAGCUCGAAGGAGAACGUGGUCAAGCUGUCUAAGGUGCUGGACCAGCGCGACGAGUCGGAGAUCGCGCUCGCGUCCAGCUCUACUCAUCAGAAGUGGGUGGAGGCAUACGCGGCUGCGACGUCGGGCGAGGACCCGGUUCCAGAGGAUACGCCUUCCAUCCAACAGUUGACGGCGCUCCACCACCGCGUGUACGCCAUGAGGUCUACUCCUUACGCAGACUUCGGGGUAUGGGGGCCUUUUGGGCGAAAAGCUUAUCGCAACAUGCAGUUUCGGGCAUGGUUCCUCCUACCUGGUGGAGGUUGGCUGGCGAAAGAAUUGCCCGGCCCAGCCAACUACGAUCAGUGGUUGAUGUCGUGGAGGGUCUUCGCGACGGCCUGCAUUAUGCUCGAGAUUGCAUCGAGGGCGGCACUGGAUGCUUACCAGCGCCACAUCGAACGGCUGGCGACUCAGUGGCCCGAUGCGUGGCUUUUGAUACACAUGGCAGACGACAAGCUCAGGGCCGAGUUCAUCGAGAGGUUCCGGCGCACCGUGGUGAAGAACAUGAGCCUCGGCAAGGGGGCCCCAUCCGACUGGAACGCAGAUAAGCCCUGGACCGCGUUGUUCCUCUACGCGGUGGCGAACCGCGAGUACUGGAACGAGCAGGUGCGGGACCCGGCGGCCGCCUGGCUGGCCAGAGGAGGCAAGGGAGUGCCGCUGGAUCCCGACGAGCAGGUAGCAAUCCGGUCCUUGCCGGGGGGCGCCGACGUGGUGCGCAAGAAGCCCGGCUGGGGCCGGUACGCCCCUGUCAACAACAAGGAGUUGGAGCGCGAGUGGUCGCCCAGCAUCCCCAGGGAGAGGUGCCGCCGCCGCUCGCGGAGCCGGAGCCGGCGUGCCCGAAGCGAGGCCCGGGCCGCGCCAACGGAGAAGAAAAUGCAGGUGUGCUACAGUUUCUCCAAAAAAAUUGGCCCCUGCAAGGGUGCGGCCCCAGGGUCCAAGUGCCCGGCUGGGCGCCGCCACGUGUGCCACGUUUGCGGCAGCCCCAACCACGCGGGCCACGAGAAGAAGUGCCAGGGCACGAGCGCCAAGGGCAAGGGCGACGGCAAGACCGGCAAAUCGGCCGGCGAGUUGACGGCGCCGCGCAAGCUGGCCAGGGAGCUGGAGAACACCACCUUCCCGGGGGGAAUGCGGAAUCCAGCCCGGGCGGUUGGCUUGAAUCCAGGCUUGGCUCGCGCGGGCGCUGUGGCCAGGCGCGCGUUCGAGGAUUUCGUGGCGGACGUCCCAGAGGAGAGGGUGUCGGCGCACGACCUUGGCGCCCCCUCUCCGUUGCAGGGCGCCUUUAUCCAGGGCUGGCUCCGGGCGGCCAACGAUCCAGAGAGCCAGUUGCAGGAGUGGAUCGAGCAAGGAGUGCCCCUGGGAACUGAGCGGCCCAUCGUCCCGUGCGGGGUCUUCCCGCCGGUUGAGCCCGCCACCGAGUUCAAGCAUCUGCUCUCCUUGGAGGAGGCGGUGGCGUCCGGGAUGGGAAACUACGCCAGCUUGGACGACAACCCGGAGGACGCCAAGAUUGAGCUGGACAGGUUGGAAGCGAACGGUUUCUACAUCACCGUCGACGAGGCCACAGCUUUGGAAUGGUUUCCAGAUGGGUCCGUCGCCAAGCUCGCGCUCAUCGUCACCUUGAAGGCGAAUGGGACCGUGAAGAGGCGCAUCAUCAUCGACAUGCUCCGGGGGGUCGUCGGAGGCCUGGCCACGGCGGACAUGAAGGACGCCUACCAGCACUUCCGAGUGCGCGAAGCCGAGUUGAAGCACUGCCUCACGAGGCAUUGGAGAGAGUCGCUAAUUAUGAUUUGGGUGAUGAUGUCAUUCGGCUUAAAAUCCGCGCCGCUGGUUUGGGGCCGAUUUGCGGCCGCCGUGGCUCGACUGUUACAGGGCCUCUACCGCCCGGGCGAGGCCCGUCUGGAGCUCUACUUGGACGACCCCCUUUGGGUACUCUACGGCACGCCCCGGCAGCGCGAUUUCCUUCUCGCCAUGAGUCUCUGGAUGCUCUCCGCGUUCGGCUUGACGAUGUCUUGGUCCAAGGGGAGCCGCGGUGCACUCGUGGAGUGGAUUGGGGUUUCAAUUGAUGUGUCAUAUGCCUUGGUAGGCCACGUCGUCCGCCCGACGGUAUUGGGCAAGUUCUUGGCGGAUGUGGUCGCCGAGUCGGACGCGAUCCUCGGAACGAGCAUGGCGGGGCUGCGAAGGCUGCGGCGGCUUACUGGCAAACUGUCAUGGGCGGCCGGCGCCCUCCCUCGCACGCGUUGGGCAGUGAACAUCCUCUGGGCGAUCGUGGCUUCCGCGAUCAGAGACGCCGCGAAAGCAGCGCAGGGCCAGGGCCAUCGUAGGGCGGGGCAUCGCAAAGAGUUCUUGGUGGCGACGUCGCGGUGCCGCUUGGCGUUGACGUGGCUGCUGGCCGUGUGGCGGGGAGUGCAGUCAGGCCCCAAAGUUCGAGAGGUUUCCCUCUGGCCAGGGGCGCCGAGAUUCGUGGUCGUGACAGAUGCUUCGCCGUGGGGCUUGGGGGCCAUUCUGUACGACCGCCACGCCCAGGGCACCAUUGAGUACAUUGCCUCUCCAUUGAAUCACUGGGACACCCGGCUCCUCGGCAUCGCCAUCGGGGAGUGCACGUCCCAGGCGGUCGCGGAGCUCCUGGCGGUGGUCGUGGCCGUGAGGGCUUGGGGCAGGUACUUUAAGACAUCCAUCUACCACGUCUUGAACUAUCUUGCCGCGGAGCUGGCGCUUUUCCUGGAGACGCAUUGCCUCCCCGACCUCGUCGCCCAACACGUGGCCGGCUCAAGGAACGUCGUCGCCGACUGGCUGAGUAGGUUGCAAGCGCCCCAAGGGCAGCAGGGCGACAACUCCGCGGACGCCAUCGCGCACGCGAAGCUCCGGAAGGUGGUCGACAGGGACUCCGGGUACUACGCGCUCCCGGACCCGAUCAAGUUUACCGACCUCUGGGGCGAUUGCUUCGGGUCAAAUUUCGGGUCGACGUCCUGGUCGGCCGUGGGGUUGCGAGAGGGCGCGCCCUUCGUGUGCCAGUAGCGGUGCGGGCUGCUCGCGCCCGCAUCGCAGCUCUCAGUGGCCAUUGGGGGCCGUGGGCAGGCCCGACGGGGGCUUAUCCACCGUUCGGCAGUGGGCUCAGCGCCCGCCGGACUGCGGUGGGGCAGCUGCGCCAGUGUCGGUUGUGACACCUGGUGGCGCUUAUGCGUUUCGGCG